GGCAGACAGUGCCUUAACCCUGUUGAACUGGUCCCUGAGACGAUGGAAGGCUGGGUUGACCUGACAGAACUCACGGCCCGCACUACCGACGUAUCCACGGCGACACUACCGUCCUUUUUUAUAACUUAAUCGGCGCAUUUUGAUGCCGUUGUGACAAAUAUCCUGUAUUUAACUGCAGCGGCAGCGUUAUUUCCCUCCGUCUAAGGUGCCCAGGAGGAGCCGCUGAGAGGCCGGGCCGGACAGCUUCGCCACCGCCCCGCCCCGCCGUUCCGUGUCCCGCUGAGACUGGGCCGGGAGGCUGCGGCUUCGGAGAGAAUUUUUGGGGCAAAUUAAACCCAGCAUUACCGGUGACCGCUACCAGGCCCCGCCGCGCUCCCUCCUACCUCCCCGGAACGAUCGCUCGGCGGCGCGGGCGGCAGCCGGGCGGGGUUGGGGGCGCACACAGGCGGAUGCGGGCCGGCGCUAGCCCUUCCGGGUCAGGGCGACGGGGCUGGUGGCCGCUGCGGGUCCCCUUCCCCUCAGCCUUUCAGGUCGCCGGCGGCCCCCCUGGGCCGGUCCCUUCUCGCAGCCCCGUCAGCCGCCGUGCGGCACCGUAGCGGGGCUUCUCUUCAGGCGGCAGCUGGGCCUCCGGGGCCGGCGGCCUUCGGUCUAGUCAGGAGCGGGACCGCCCUCGGCGGAGCCGCGCCGUGGCCAUGGAUGAGGAACCCGAGCGGACCAAGCGCUGGGAAGGGGGCUAUGAGAGAACAUGGGAAAUUCUUAAAGAAGAUGAGUCCGGAUCGCUGAAAGCCACCAUCGAGGACAUUCUUUUCAAGGCAAAGAGGAAAAGACUCUGUGAACACCAUGGACAAGUUCGACUUGGAAUGAUGCGUCAUCUUUAUGUGGUUGUUGAUGGAUCAAGAACUAUGGAGGACCAAGAUUUGAAACCGAACAGACUUACUUGCACUUUGAAGUUAUUGGAAUAUUUUGUUGAAGAAUACUUUGACCAAAAUCCCAUUAGUCAGAUUGGCUUAAUUGUAACCAAGAGUAAAAGAGCUGAAAAAAUGACAGAACUUUCAGGUAACUCAAAAAAGCACAUAACUGCUCUGAAGAAAGCAGUGGAUAUGAACUGCAGUGGAGAGCCAUCCCUAUAUAAUUCCCUAAAUUUGGCCAUGCAGACUUUAAAGCACAUGCCAGGACACACAAGCAGAGAGGUUUUGGUGGUCUUCAGCAGUCUGACGACAUGUGAUCCAGCCAACAUCUAUGAUCUAAUUAAGUGUUUAAAAGCAGUUAAGAUCAGAGUGUCUGUCAUCGGCCUAAGUGCUGAAGUUCGAGUUUGUACAGUACUUGCCCGAGAAACUGGUGGAACAUACCACGUUAUUUUAGAUGAAAGUCAUUAUAAGGAACUGCUGAUGCAUCAUGUUAGUCCUCCACCUGCCAGUUCAAAUUCUGAGUGCUCCCUUAUUCGAAUGGCCUCCGUAAAGUGCUAUGGUCUCAUCUGUCAUAUACUGCACUUGGAAAGUUUUCCUCAGCAUACUGUUGCUUCUCUAGCUGAUCAGGAUGCAAAGCCAUCCUUUAGCAUGGCGCAAUUGGAAAACAACAGUGAGCCGGGUCUUACACUGGGUGGGUAUUUCUGUCCCCAGUGCAGAGCCAAAUACUGUGAACUUCCUGUGGAAUGCAAAAUCUGUGGUCUUACAUUAGUGUCUGCACCUCACCUGGCUCGGUCGUACCAUCACUUGUUUCCUUUGGAUGCCUUUCAGGAAGUUCCCCUGGAAGAAUAUCAGGGGGAACGGUAUUGUCAAGGCUGCCAGGGAGAAAUGAAAGAUCAAAAUGUUUACAUCUGUAAAGUGUGUCAGAAUGCAUUCUGUGUGGAAUGCGAUUUGUUUAUUCAUGAUUCUCUGCACUGCUGUCCUGGCUGUAUUCACAAGCACACUGCUCCCGUACCUGUAUGAUGUCAUCGCUUUUUAGAAAUUGUCAUAACUGUGACCUUCCUGCAUAGGUCUAUUUUUUUUUGCUCAGCCGUAACUUUCACCUAGACAGCUCAAAACAAGAAGGACCUAGAUGAUUACAGAAGGAUGAAGAGUUGCUUGGGAGCAAACUAAUUUUUAGCUAAUGUGUUAAUGAUUUUGUUACUUCUAAUAUAUUCUGGAAUUAUCUGUA